CUACGCAGAAUAGGCGCCGCAGCGGAUCAGCAAAAAAUAAAAAGUACAAACAAAUAUUCGCAACCCUACGUUCUCUCUCCAUCCAAACACUUCCCUUCUCUCUCUCUCUCUCUCUCUCCCCCCAUCUCUCGUUCUCUCGAGUGUGCGGUAGCGUCUUUGAUUCAUCACUUUGCCAUCGGCGAUUGCAUUUUCCGCCGGAAAAGCUGACAGCAGGCAGUGCGCCUCUCGCGGUUGCAGAAGGUGGUUUGGAAGAUAAUCGAGCUGGAGCUGGGGUCUACGCAGCUGUCCCUUGCUCGAAUGGGGACCAAAAGGGUGUGAAUCUCGUGGUCCCUGCCGGGGCUGGGGUUUGGGUUUCUUCUUCCAUGGAUAUUGAUCGAGAAGUUCAGGAUGGCGAGGCCUUUGGUUUGGAAGGUGGAGUUGCUCCAGAUAGUGUCAGAUCAGCGGAUGAUGGAGCUAGGGUUUGCUCAUUGGGAGAGUCCAGUUCUGGGGUCGUGAGUGUAAAGCAGGAAGAUAUUUGUCCUAAUUCUGAAGUUAAGGAUGAAGGCAAUGGCCAGUUUAAUGACGAGGAAGGCCGACCGAGUUCAGCAAAUUAUUGUAGUAGUACGGUUAAUGAUCAAUACGGGGUUCAGAAGGUCGAAUUUGACAUACAGAAUCCCGUGGAUAGUAAGGACCAUAUGUUUGAGGCUAAAAGUAUUGUGGCUGAGCCGAAGAUGCUGAAGACUGAACGAGAGGCGGAACCAUCCAAGUCUUCUUCCAUACAUUAUAAGUCAUUGAUGACGGAGUUUGAUGAAUAUGUAGCAAAUGAGAGAUUUGGAUUGAUCGAGAGUGGGAUGUCGAGGGCGCUGAGUUUUGGAUUUGAAGUGGGGGAUAUGGUGUGGGGAAAGGUAAAGUCGCAUCCUUGGUGGCCAGGACAUAUCUUUAAUGAAGCCUUUGCUUCUUCAUCAGUUCGCCGAACUAGUAGAGCGGGUCAUGUCUUGGUGGCUUUCUUUGGUGAUAGUAGCUAUGGUUGGUUUGACCCAGCAGAGCUGAUCCCUUUCGAUGCCAAUUUUGCUGAGAAGUCCCACCAAAUGAAUUCCAGGAAUUUCGUGAAGGCGGUGGAGGAGGCACUGGAUGAGAUCAGUCGAAGAAGGGCUUUGGGUUUGGCUUGCAAAUGUUGGAAUAAAUACAAUUUCCGGCCCACCAGUAUUCAGGGUUACUUUGCAGUCGAUGUGCCUGAUUAUGAACAAGGAGUUUAUUCCGAAACACAGAUGAAGAAGGCGAGAGAUAGUUUCUCGCCCAGAGAAACUCUCGCCUUCAUCCAACAGUUGGCAUCUGUACCACAGGGUAGUGAUCAGACGACCAUUGAUUUCAUUAAAAAUAGGGCAACUGUUUUUGCUUACCGCAAGGCAGUGUUUGAGGAGUUCGAUGAGACCUAUGCUCAGGCAUUUGGGACACCAGCUACGCGCCCUUCCCGUGAUACUGGUGCAACAGAUCAGCCAGUUAGAGAGCAGACGCGAGCUCCUUUGAGCGGUCCAUUAGUUAUCGCCGAAACUCUUGGUGGGUCCAGGAGCUCCAGUAAGACCAUGAAGGUGAAGGAUCAGUCCAAGAAAGACAAAUACCUUUUCAAGCGCAGAGAUGAUUCAGCUUCAGCAGCUUAUGUGGAAGGUUCAGAUGCAGGAGGCUAUGUUUUGCAGAAGAGGGUUCCGUCAGUCCCUCUAAACUCUCAAUCUCCUGGGAAACAGGAACAAGACCAAUCAGCUGUUAAUGCAACUUUGGGACAGGAUAUGGUUGGUAAAGCGGCAACAACAGAUGGGACUCCUGCACAUGGAAGUAGCUCCACUGUCGGAGGUGCCGCUGAAGAUGUAAAGAGAGAGUUCCUGCAGGAAAGCCAAGAGAUAAAAACCAACAUUCCAGGAUUGGAUCAAGUUCAAAACUCUGGCUGUCUUGUGAAUUCAUCAUUGACUGGUGCAAAACGAGCUGUUGUCGGUGCCGAUGGAGUGGUGAAGAAGAAGAAAGUUGUUAAACGGCCUCCAGGGGAGCUGGGUACACAGAUGAUGAAUGCAAAGAAGAAAAAGAGGAAAAUGCUCGGUCCAGAGCAGAGCUCUGAUCAACAGCACCACCGGUCGGUGACCGCAAAAGCUGGAAGGCCACCUGCUUCGAAAGAAGGCAUUCAGUUAGAUCCACCGAAGAAAGAUGAUGGAAGCAGUUCAAUAGUGGAUUCAGUGGGGCCAUUGACUGCCGGUGGAAUUGAAAAUGCUGAGCUUGAAUUGAGACAUCUUUUGGAUGGUUUACAACACCUUGCUGUUGAUCAUUUCCACGGUGUGGAGAGGACCAACCCUGCUAUUAUAAAGCAGUCCUUUCUGCGCUUCAGGUCACUAGUGUACCAGAAGAGCUUGAUUAUUGCACCUGCAUCAGAGUCUGAUUCCGUGGAGAUUCGUCCUGCCAAAUCUCCGACUGUCAGAGCUCCCAAGCAAUCUUCAAGUGAAGCAGUCCGAAAAUCUCUGCAUCCAAAACUGGUCAAGACUUCUCUGAGACUGGAUGAUCUGAGCAGGGGUGGGAGGAAGCGGGCUCCUUCUGAUCGUCAAGAAGAACUGGAAGCAAAGAAAUUAAAGAGUGUGAAUAAAAUUAAAAUGCUGACUGCGGAGAAGAAGGCAGUUCAGAAAGGUCAAGAUACGAGGCCAGGUGAAGGAAAAGAAACCGCAGCCACAGCCCCAUCAUCGAAGUCGGUAAAACCAGUUCUUGCGAGGAGAUCGGAGCCUCCACCACCACUGGCCAGGGCUGCCGAACCCACAAUGCUGGUGAUGAAGUUCCCUCCAAAAACAUCUCUCCCAUCCGUUGCCCAUCUCAAGGCAAGAUUUGCUCGUUUUGGGCCGUUGGAUCACAACAGCAUUCGCGUCUUUUGGAAGUCAUCGACUUGUCGUGUCGUGUUCCAGCACAAGGUUGAUGCUCAGGCGGCAUGUAAGUACGCUAUGGGAAACAGCUCACCGUUUGGUAAUGUAAGAUGCCAUGUUCGGCCCGUGGACCUUCCAGGGCAGGAAGGCCCGGAGACAAACGAGGACUCGAUGACCGAGACCUCAAGGUCUAAGGAUCCCAAUUCCGAGAGGCAGGUGGCCCCUCAUUAUGCAUACCAGCCGAUCCCACAGCCGCAGUCAGUGCAGCUCAAGUCCUGCUUGAAGAAGCCUCCAGGCGAAGAAGCUGGGUCUGCAUCCGGAAACGGCGGGAAGGGGACUGCCCGCGUGAAGUUCUUGUUGGGAGGGGAAGAGAACCCUAGGCAAGACCAUCCCGGAGUUGGUAAUUCUACUUCGAACAACAACACAAACAGUGGUAGUUUUGGUGACGGUGCUGGUUCGUCUUCUUCUACUUCAAGUGUUGGUGGAACGAUAUAUAAUAGUAAGAACUUUCAACAGAAGUCUAGUCUCCCUCCUCUCCUUCCCCUUCCUCCGCAAUAUGCAAUCGCACAGCAGCAUAAUAAUUCUCACCAUCACUCAGAAAUCCCGCCGAGAAACCAACCCCAACCGCCCCCAAACAUCUCUACACCCUUGCCCGCCCUGACUGCUGCUACGGCUAGUGUGGACAUAUCGCAGCAGAUGAUAAGCCUGCUCACUCGGUGCAAUGACGUCGUGACCAGUUUGUCCGGCUUGUUGGGCUAUGUGCCAUACCACCCUCUAUGACCUUGAACUCGUCAGAGGAGGCGCAACGCCAAUUUUGACGAGUCAAGAAAAGAUGCCCAAAAAAACUUGGGGCUCGUCCAUGGAGGAGGCAAUCAUCAAUUAUCUCAAACGCUACCUGCCGGUGCGGGCCUUAAGAUGCCGAGGGAGAGGGUCCAAGCUAUGAAGCGCGGACCGACGAGACGAGACAAGACGAGACAGACAGGCCGAUGAGACAAGACGGAACGGGACGGGAAGUUGUUUUUCUAUUAUGAAGGCUUUGUUGGCAGGGGUUCCAAAAUUUGUUAGUAACUCAAUAGUGAAGUUGUAGUGUAAUAUUCCCAUUUCUCUUUCUUGCUUUUAGCCCAUUAGGUAACAUAGACUUUAGUAGAUUUGUUUACUCGUCCUCUCCCAACGCUUUGGCAAGUUCUACAUUUCGGAUUUUCGACCGUUUAAUUAAUGUUCUGUGCCCCGAACGCCAACGCCUUUCGUGGUGAUUCUUCUGGCUAUUGU